AUCAUUUGCACCAAUGACUUUCGUUUGUCAAAGCUAUCAGAAAGCAAGAACCAAUGAAUCUAGCUAUGACUAUUGAGAAUAUAACAAAUUUGCCUGUUUCUUGACAUAUUUGUGUUUACGUAGGGUGUGGAUGGCAUAUAACACAUUACAUUUUUUUAUUGAGUCUGUAUGCCUAUAUAACGUUAUAUCGAAUUACAAGACCGAGGAUUAAUGUUUACUAAAUUUACCAAAACAACUGAUCGUCUAAAUAUGCAAGUAGUUAAAUUGCUUUUUACGACUAUGACCCAACCGCUGUAUAAAUUUCGCGGACAAUCGGAUCGUUAUGAUGGAAUAACCGUUGAUUCUAAGCUCGAACCGUGCGAAGCUGAGAUAUUUUCAAAACGACUUGAAGUCUCGCUCGAUCAAUGGAUAAAAGAUAAACGAAGAACCGUAUGGUUUCAAGUUGAUCUAUCUCAGAGUUAUUGGAUACCGGAACUAAUUAAACGAGGCUUUAAAUUUCAUCAUGCCAAAGAAGAUCGAGCGAUGCUUUAUCGAUGGCUAUCAAACAUUGAAAUGUCUAAUGUGCCACCUUAUGCCCACACAAAUAUUGGUGUGGGUGCAGUUGUCUUAAAUGAUAAAACUAAAGAAAUUCUUGUUGUCAAAGAUAAACAUGGUAUUUCUACUUCAAACUGGAAACUGCCAGGAGGAUAUAUAGAAUUGGAAGAAGAUAUAGCUCAUGCUGCAGAACGAGAAGUAGUCGAAGAAACAGGAGUUAUAGCUAAAUUUAAAUGUCUAUUGGCUAUUAGACAUACUCAUUAUUCUACUUUUGGUUGCUCUGAUAUUUAUACCAUUUGUUGCUUAGUACCACAAACAUUUAAUAUUGUUAAAUGUCAUAGAGAAAUUAGUGAAUGCCAAUGGAUGAAAUUAGAAGAAUUUAUCACUCAUCCCCACGUUCAUUCAAACAAUCGUUUAUUAGCAAGUAAAAUUAUGGAAUAUAUUAAUCAUCGUAUGGGUUUGACCGUUACAAAGGCUAUACAUCCACUUACUAAAAAGCCUCUUUGUAUUUUUAGUAUUUCCGAUACAAACGACUCUUAAAAAUAUAAAUAUUUUAAAUAUAUUAAAUAUUUUAGACCAAUUUUAUUCUGUGAUGUAAUAGUCGAAAGAAGUACAAAAUGUACAAUAUUAGUGCCUGGAGGAUUUGAAAUAUAUAAAUUUCAAACUUUUGGCUGACAUAU